UGUAUAGCCAUGUAACGGAACACAUCCCUAUAGCAACGAGGAGAAAAACAACUUUAUUUACGUUACACGGUAAAAUGAAUUUUACUUUGGUAGCCACGAUUGUUCUUAUGUUGAUACAUUCACACCUAGUAUUGGCAUCAAUAGACUUUGAGCUGGACCUUAUUUCUUAUGAUGGUGAUAGACGAAAAGCAGAUGGCACUUGUUGCGAUCCUCCGUCAUCAAUAGGAAUUACUUGCGAUCCCUUUUGUGAUCCUGGAUUCCAUAUUUGUUUGGAUGAUGGUUCCGUUACAUGUCCUUAUUUUGAUGGCAACACCGGACUGAUUGUAGAAGAUGUCGAAGAUAUAGAUUUUGAAACCUAUUCACUUGGACCUCUUCCUAAUCCCAUUCAAAUCACUAUUGAUAAAUGGCCAGAAUAUGGUCUGCGCAUCAACAUCACGGCAGAGGAUUAUGAUGAAUCUCCUGAAAAAGAGAAGAUCGAUAACUAUUUUGUGAUAAUUAAUGAAAUACCAUCUUUAACUGUUCCUACGACAAUGGUAGGAUUAAGUGAUGGCAGGGCGUUUAAGACCCGGUUAGGUAUCUACUAUGUAGCAACCUGCAGCAACGGGUAUGAAGGAUUGGACUGCCAAACAAACAUUGAUGAAUGUCAAAGCAAUCCCUGCUCCAACGGUGCUACUUGCAACGACUUCAUUAAUGGGUAUAAUUGUUCAUGUACAUCAAGUUUUACCGGAGACGAAUGUGAAACUGAAGUGGAUGAAUGUGAAAGCAAUCCAUGCCAGAACGAGGCUACAUGCAAUGAUUUCGUAAUUGGGUUUAACUGUACAUGUACAUCGGCUUACGAAGGAAUUUACUGUGAACAAGAAAUAAAUGAAUGUUCAAGUAACCCUUGUCAAAAUGGUGCUACGUGCACCGAUUAUUUGGAUGGUUUUAAUUGUACCUGUAUUUCUGGAUAUGAAGGGACAAACUGUGAACAAGAAAUUGAUGAAUGUUCAAGUAACCCAUGUCAAAAUGGUGCUACGUGCACCGAUUAUUUGGAUGGUUUUAAUUGUACCUGUAUUUCUGGAUAUGAAGGAACACAUUGUGAACAAGAAAUUGAUGAAUGUUCAAGUAACCCAUGUCAAAAUGGUGCUAAAUGCACUGAUUAUUUGGAUGGUUUUAAUUGUACCUGCAUUUCAGGAUAUGAAGGAACAAACUGUGAACAAGAAAUUGAUGAAUGUUCAAGUAACCCUUGUCAAAAUGGUGCUACAUGCACCGAUUAUUUGGAUGGUUUUAAUUGUACCUGUAUUUCUGGAUAUGAAGGAACAAACUGUGAACAAGAAAUAGAUGAAUGUUCAAGUAACCCAUGUCAAAAUGGUGCUACGUGCACCGAUAAUUUGGAUGGUUUUAAUUGUUCCUGUAUUUCAGGAUAUGAAGGAACAAACUGUGAAGAAGAAAUUAAUGAAUGUUCAAGUAACCCUUGUCAAAAUGGUGCUACAUGCACUAAUUAUGUGGAUGGUUUUAAUUGUACCUGUAUUUCUGGAUAUGAAGGAACAAACUGUGAAGAAGAAAUUGAUGAAUGCUCAAGUAACCCUUGUCAAAAUGGUGCUACAUGCACCGAUUAUUUGGAUGGUUUUAAUUGUACCUGUAUUUCUGGAUAUGAAGGAACAAACUGUGAACAAGAAAUAGAUGAAUGUUCAAGUAACCCAUGUCAAAAUGGUGCUACGUGCACCGAUAAUUUGGAUGGUUUUAAUUGUUCCUGUAUUUCAGGAUAUGAAGGAACAAACUGUGAAGAAGAAAUUAAUGAAUGUUCAAGUAACCCUUGUCAAAAUGGUGCUACAUGCACUAAUUAUGUGGAUGGUUUUAAUUGUACCUGUAUUUCUGGAUAUGAAGGAACAAACUGUGAAGAAGAAAUUGAUGAAUGCUCAAGUAACCCUUGUCAAAAUGGUGCUACAUGCACCGAUUAUUUGGAUGGUUUUAAUUGUAACUGUAUUUCUGGAUAUGAAGGAACAAACUGUGAACAAGAAAUUAAUGAAUGUUCAAGUAACCCAUGUCAAAAUGGUGCUACAUGCACCGAUUAUUUGGAUGGUUUUAAUUGUACCUGUAUUUCUGGAUAUGAAGGAACAAACUGUGAACAAGAAAUAGAUGAAUGUUCAAGUAACCCAUGUCAAAAUGGUGCUACGUGCACCGAUAAUUUGGAUGGUUUUAAUUGUUCCUGUAUUUCAGGAUAUGAAGGAACAAACUGUGAAGAAGAAAUUGAUGAAUGUUCAAGUAACCCUUGUCAAAAUGGUGCUACAUGCACUAAUUAUGUGGAUGGUUUUAAUUGUACCUGUAUUUCAGGAUAUGAAGGAACAAACUGUGAAGAAGAAAUUGAUGAAUGUUCAAGUAACCCUUGUCAAAAUGGUGCUACAUGCACUAAUUAUGUGAAUGGUUUUAAUUGUACCUGUAUUUCUGGAUAUGAAGGAACAAACUGUGAACAAGAAAUUGAUGAAUGUUCAAGUAACCCUUGUCAAAAUAAUGCUACAUGCACUGAUUAUUUUGAUGGUUUUAAUUGUACCUGCAUUUCAGGAUAUGAAGGAACAAUCUGUGAACAAGAAAUAGAUGAAUGUUCAAGUAACCCUUGUCAAAAUGGUGCUACAUGCACUGAUUAUUUUGAUGGUUUUAAGUGUACCUGCAUUUCAGGAUAUGAAGGAACAAUCUGUGAACAAGAAAUAGAUGAAUGUUCAAGUAACCCUUGUCAAAAUGGUGCUACAUGCACUGAUUAUUUGGAUGGUUUUAAUUGUACCUGUAUUUCAGGAUAUGAAGGAACAAACUGUGAACAAGAAAUAGAUGAAUGUUCAAGUAACCCUUGUCAAAAUGGUGCUACAUGCACUAAUUAUGUGAAUGGUUUUAAUUGUACCUGUAUUUCAGGAUAUGAAGGAACAAACUGUGAACAAGAAAUAGAUGAAUGUUCAAGUAACCCUUGUCAAAAUGGUGCUACGUGCACCGAUUAUUUGGAUGAUUUUAAUUGUACCUGUAUUUCAGGAUAUGAAGGAACAAACUGUGAACAAGAAAUUGAUGAAUGUUCAAGUAACCCUUGUCAAAAUGGUGCUACAUGCACCGAUUAUUUGGAUGGUUUUAAUUGUACCUGUAUUUCUGGAUAUGAAGGAACAAACUGUGAACAAGAAAUAAAUGAAUGUUCAAGUAACCCAUGUCAAAAUGGUGCUACAUGCACCGAUAAUUUGGAUGGUUUUAAUUGUACCUGUAUUUCAGGAUAUGAAGGAACAAACUGUGAACAAGAAAUAGAUGAAUGUUCAAGUAACCCUUGUCAAAAUAAUGCCACAUGCACUGAUUAUUUGGAUGGUUUUAAUUGUACCUGCAUUUCAGGAUAUGAAGGAACAAUCUGUGAACAAGAAAUUGAUGAAUGUUCAAGUAACCCUUGUCAAAAUGGUGCUACAUGCACUGAUUAUUUGGAUGGUUUUAAUUGUACCUGCAUUUCAGGAUAUGAAGGAACAAUCUGUGAACAAGAAAUUGAUGAAUGUUCAAGUAACCCUUGUCAAAAUGGUGCUACAUGCACUGAUUAUUUGGAUGGUUUUAAUUGUACCUGCAUUUCAGGAUAUGAAGGAACAAACUGUGAACAAGAAAUUGAUGAAUGUUCAAGUAACCCUUGUCAAAAUGGUGCUACAUGCACUAAUUAUGUGGAUGGUUUUAAUUGUACCUGUAUUUCAGGAUAUGUAGGAACAAACUGUGAGGAAGAAAUUGAUGAAUGUUCAAGUAACCCAUGUCAAAAUGGUGCUACAUGCACCGAUAAUUUGGAUGGUUUUAAUUGUACCUGUAUUUCAGGAUAUGAAGGAACAAACUGUGAACAAGAAAUAAAUGAAUGUUUAAGUAACCCAUGUCAAAAUGGUGCUACAUGCACCGAUAAUUUGGAUGGUUUUAAUUGUACCUGUAUUUCAGGAUAUGAAGGAACAAACUGUGAACAAGAAAUAGAUGAAUGUUCAAGUAACCCUUGUCAAAAUAAUGCCACAUGCACUGAUUAUUUGGAUGGUUUUAAUUGUACCUGCAUUUCAGGAUAUGAAGGAACAAUCUGUGAACAAGAAAUUGAUGAAUGUUCAAGUAACCCUUGUCAAAAUGGUGCUACAUGCACUGAUUAUUUGGAUGGUUUUAAUUGUACCUGCAUUUCAGGAUAUGAAGGAACAAUCUGUGAACAAGAAAUUGAUGAAUGUUCAAGUAACCCUUGUCAAAAUGGUGCUACAUGCACUGAUUAUUUGGAUGGUUUUAAUUGUACCUGCAUUUCAGGAUAUGAAGGAACAAACUGUGAACAAGAAAUUGAUGAAUGUUCAAGUAACCCUUGUCAAAAUGGUGCUACAUGCACUAAUUAUGUGGAUGGUUUUAAUUGUACCUGUAUUUCAGGAUAUGUAGGAACAAACUGUGAGGAAGAAAUUGAUGAAUGUUCAAGUAACCCUUGUCAAAAUGGUGCUACAUGCACCGAUAAUUUGGAUGGUUUUAAUUGUACCUGUAUUUCAGGAUAUGAAGGAACAAACUGUGAACGAGAAAUAGAUGAAUGUUCAAGUAACCCUUGUCAAAAUGGUGCUACAUGCACUAAUUAUGUGUAUGGUUUUAAUUGUACCUGUAUUUCUGGAUAUGAAGGUACAAACUGUGAACAAGACAUAGAUGAAUGUUCAAGUAACCCAUGUCAAAAUGGUGCAACAUGCAACGAUUAUUUGGAUGGUUUUACUUGUUCCUGUAUUUCUGGAUAUGAAGGAACAAACUGUGAACAAGACAUAGAUGAAUGUUCAAGUAACCCUUGUCAAAAUGGUGCUACAUGCACCGAUUAUUUGGAUGAUUUUAAUUGUACCUGUAUUUCUGGAUAUGAAGGAACACAUUGUGAACAAGAAAUUGAUGAAUGUUCAAGUAACCCAUGCCAAAAUAGAGCUACGUGCUUUGACCUUACGCCAGGAUUUCAGUGCAGAUGUCUGGAGGGAUACACUGGUGAAUAUUGCUCGUCGGAUAUCGAUGAAUGUUUUGUGAAAACUGCCUGUCCUAAUAAUUCUAUAUGUGAGAACACAGUGGGAUCUUUUGCUUGUUUUUGCCUCGAUGGAUAUGAAGGGGAGCGCUGUGACAUCAUUAUUAAUCCAUGUAUUUCAUCUCCGUGUGAACGAGGAACUUGCGACAAAAUCAAUAGAGAUGCAUAUAGUUGUAUUUGUGAGGAUGGAUUCUUCGGAGUAAAUUGUGAAAUCACCGAUCCAUGUUCUUCGUCCCCUUGUUACAAUGGAGGAGAAUGUCAAAGCAAUGAUGCCGGGCAAUGGGUAUGCCAAUGUCUCAACGGCUUCAUCGGUGAACUUUGUCAACUAGAAUUGGAGUUUUACUCGUAUACUGUACUUCUAUAUGGUGCAAGCGUUGAUGAGGAAAUCUUUGUAGAAGACAUGGAAGCUCUCUUCUCAAAAGUGUAUAUUGAAGACGUCAAUGUAAUCAUCACAGAAACAGCCAACUACUACACGCCUGACACAGGAGACGAUAUCAUUGGUGUUACUUUCGUUUUGUACGUAAACGGAACAGCACUUGACUCAGAUGAAAUCAGCGCAGUGUUAAACGCUGUCCCAAAAGAAGAUCUAAAUAACAGAGAGCAGUACGAAUUCUACUUCGGCGAAGUUAUUCCGGAAAAACCGGAUCAACCGAGAUGGCUGGCGGAGUACUGGUAUGUUUUAGUAAUCAUUGUGAUAUUCGGGAUCGUUCUCCUCCUCACUACUGCUUUGUCGCUGGGUCAUCUGAUGGUCAAUCGGAGCUUACGAAAGAUGCAAUAUGAGGAAAACAAAAAGAGACUAGAAGAGACUCAAAAGCAGACGAAUGUACAUGUAUAUGAAGAUGAGCGCUACAUAAAGCGACAUUGGAAUAGUCAUAACAACGCACUGAGGAGCUCAUCACAUUUCGACGAAGAGCAUAUUUUCAGGACAAAUCCCAUAUAUAUGGCGCAGGAUUAUUUAAGCUUCCGUGAUGAUAAUUCCGAUGAUUAUCAUUACGUUCAAGAUUACCUCUAAAUGUACCAGAAUUUUAAUUAUAAAAUUAAGAAAAACUAUGAUAUUUCAAUUUUAAAUUAAAUCAGUCGAAUUGAGUUAAACAUUGUCACAUAGACUACUGUAACACAACAAAUACGAUCGGAAUUACAGGGGAUAUAAAAUAUAAUGUAUAUUGUACGCACUAUUGUAUAUACUUCUUGUUUAUAGCGUUUGUAAAUAUUCAUUAUUUUGUUAUCACUAUUAUUAAAGAAACAAACUAUAAAGGUGAUGUAUUAUCAGUAUCAUUAUGUAUUUUAUUCAUUGUCGGCACAAAUAUUGAUGAAUAAUUGGAUUUUAUGUGUUGUAUUUCACAAAAUGACUCGGAUGUUGCUAGACGUUUCUAAACGGUUAAUUAUAUUGUUUUAUAUUUUGAUGCAUCCUUUGUAUCAAUACUGCAUGAAUCAUUGUCGGGUAGUUGUAUUUAUACCGGUCCAAAAAAUAAUAGUCAAAUGAUAAGAUGUUUACAGGUUUUUUAUAUGGAGUUUUAUUCAAAACAAAUUCAGUAUUAAGGUGAUUUAAAUAUUAUUUAUACAGUGCGUAAAAAACGGGACAGUUUUUAAAAGUCUAUCAAAAUUAUGAUGUCUAUAUUUUGAUGUUGAAGAUGCUCUUAAGUCUUAUCUUUAAAUGCCAUUUAAAAAAUGAGUUCUGUUCAUGCUUGAAUGAACACGAAACUUUUUGUCAGGGGUUCAAACACAGGCUUGCGCCAAAUGGCAUAAAAUGAAAAAUAUUGAUCAUCAGACUUUUUGCUAGUUUUUAUUCAACUUGCUAUGAUUUCUUUAUCUCUGCAUCAAUCAUGUUCAUACUUAAUAAAUAUGAUACUUGAGUAUACCACAUAUGUGUCCAAGAAACUGAUGAGGUCGAAGGUCAUCUAAUUUUUUUGAAUGGCAUUUGAGGGAUAAGACAUUAGAGCAUCUAUGAACCUCAGAAAUAUAGACAUCAUAAUUUGAAGGAAAAAAAUAUUUGAUAGACUUUUCAACACGUUUUGUCUCGCCUGCAUAGCAGAGCAAGACAAUAGGCGCCGCUUUCCGACGGCGACGGUGACGUCAACAUUGAAAUCUUAACCAAGGUUAAGUUUUAGAAAUGUCGUCUUAACUUAUUUGGACCUAGUUCAUGAAACUUGGACGUAAGGGUAAUCAAGUAUUACUAAACAUCCUGCCUGAGUUUCAGGUCACAUAAUUAAGGCCAAAGGUCACUUAGGGUCAACGAACUUUGGCCAUGUUGGGGUUAUUUGAGGAAUUGUCAUCAUAACUGAAUUUUUAUGAAUCUAGUUUGUGAAACUUGGGCAUAAGAGCAGUCAAGUAUCCUUGAACAUCCUGUGCGAGUUUCAGGUCCCAUGACCAAGGUCAAGGGUCAUUUAGGGUCAACAAACUUUGGUAGUGUUGGGGGUGUUUGUGGAAUUGUCAUCAUAACUUUAAAAGUGUAUGGAACUAGUUCAUGAAACUUUGACAUAAGAGCAGCAAUGUAUCCCUGAAUACCAUGUGCGCGUUUCAGGAACAUGGCCAAAAUCAAAGGUCAUUUAAAGGUCAAUGAACUCUGGCCGUGUUGGAAGUAUGUGUUGAAUUGGCAUCAUAACUUAGAAAGUUAUUGAUCUAGGUCAUGAAACAUCGACAUAAGGGUAAUCAAGUAUAAAUGAUUGUUUUGCACGUUUUAGGUCACACGAUCAUGGUCAAAGGUCAUUUUGGGUCAAUGGACAUAAUAUUUUAUUAUCAUAUUAGUGUUUUCGUCUGUAAAUAAUUGUUCAUUAGCUAUUUUGGAAGGCAGCACUGCUGCUAUAAUGCAGGCGAGACUGUCAGAGGCGUUCCACUUGUUUUUGAUACGCAAUGUAUAUGAAUUUCAAGCGAUUGGACAAACUUCCAAUCUUAUUAAACCGGAUUGCUCGAUGUAAUGAAUAAUGAUCAGUAAAGAUAAUGAUAAGUGUAUUGGAUUGGAUUUUCUUCAUGGGAUGUCGGAAAUACUCCCUCCCUCAGCAUUAUUACUACCAAGCUUUAAUAUUACAUUAUUUCGUAAAAAGGCAAAAGCUUCUACAUUCACGAAAUUUGGAUUGAAACCUCGACUUGGAUUCACUCCGGUGACAUAUAUAGAGCAACAAGUUUACGCAUGAAAUUAUUCCAAUUGUGUUACCUGAAAUGGAUAUAACCGAAAUAGUCUGGAAUCACUUAAGGACGCUCUCGUUGACUAUUAUUGGAAAUACAUUUUGAAUUUCACUUCACCAUUGUAAAUAUUACGGUUGUACAUAAUAAAAUGAUAUAAUUAUGCAUCAUGAAAAUAUGUAACAUGAUUAUUUGUCUUUCCGAUUUUUGUUCUUAAAGGACAAGUCCAUCACAACUAAAAAUUGAUUUGAAUAAAAAUAGAAAAAUUCCAACAAGCAUAUCACUUAAAAUUUCAUCAAAAAAAAAGAAAAGAAAGGUAUGACAUUUUAAAGUUUAGCUAUAUGCACAUCCUUGUCGGUAUGAAAAUGAGGAGACUGGUGACGUCAUAUACUCACUAUUUCUUUAGUAUUUUAUUAUAUGAAAUAUGAAAUAUUCUAUUUUUCUCCUCAUUGUCAAGUGAAACGACGAUUAAUUCCUCCCUGACCAAGUGGAAUUAGCAUUGUUAUAGUUCAUUCAAGUUGGUCCUUAUUUUCAAAUCUGUAAAAAGGAAAUAUUGUAUAAUUCAAACAUUGAAAAACAAAAGAAAUAGUGAGUGAAGGACAUCAUCGACUGUUUCAUUUGCAUGUCACUGAGUUGUGCAUAUCACUGUUUUGUAAAAAAAAAACAUAAGCGAAACUUUAAAAUGUCAUAACUUUGUUAAUUUUCAUCAAAUUUUUAUGAAAUUUCCAGCGUUGCGCUAGUUUGAUUUUUCUCUAUUUAUUCAAAUUAACAUUUUCUGGGGUGCACUUGACCUUUAAAAGUGGUAUGCGCGUGUUUUUUUUUCGUUUUGUCAUUUGAAUGCAUACAAUUCUAAACGCGUGAAGUAGGGUUUGAUUUUUUUUUAAUUAGCACAGAGCGUAUCAAAAAGUUUACAGUUUGAAACAAUCAUAUGAAAAUAAACUUUAAAAAGAUGGCGAUAUUACUGUAAAAUCUUUGUGCUUGAGUGAGCACCUCUUACUUUUCAAAAGUUUGUGAAAAUGAUUUUCACAAACGUUAUUACAAAUAAACGUAGAAAUACUUA